CUCUACAACUCACUAUGGAGACAUCCUUAUAUGAUCUGCGGUCACAAGGUGCUGACCUCAUGGUUUUGGGGUCGAAGCCUGCUGCCGGAGCAGUUUUCAUGAUAGAGCAAGUAUCUACAGGGCAUCUAGUAACCUUAUUGAAUGGAGAAGUACAGGUCAUACCCAAAGACGAACUUCCGACAGCCACUGCGAGUCACUGGCAGUGUGUGGAGAAAGAUGGCUGGUUCGGAUUCCGGGAGUCUGCUUCGUACCGGUAUCUUGGCAUAGAUUCUGGUGCAGAAUUAGAACACGAACUACUUGUCUGCAAGAAUAAGAAUCACACCCGUCACGGAAUGUUCCAGGUCCGGGAAGUUGGGGAGCGAACAUAUCAACUUUUAAUGGUUGCGCAUCAGGUUCUCGGCUUGGCGCCCAUAUGCCCUCUUCAACGGCGCAAAACAACCCACAUCAAGUGGCUGGAGGAGGUGCGACGAGUGUGA